AUGAAUCGAUACUGGACAAGAAUUCUCUCCACAGCCCUCGCAACGCUUUUCCUGGCGGCUGUUACUCUCAAGACACUUUACCCUGGGAAUGACCCUUACAGAUGCCGUGCUACCCAGAACACAGGUCGAUGGAUAGACCCUGUACGAGAUGAAGAAGGAAAUCGCGAUCCCUUUUUACAGUGGCAGCCUGACGGAUGCAUGUUAAGUCCAUACGAGUCAGAAGAUAUUCGAAGAUGUAUGGAAGGCAGGAGGAUAGUCGUCUCUGGAGACUCGACAUCAAAACAUGUUGCACGUGCCAUGGGUAACAUGACGAUCGAACGCCUUACUAACGUGUGGAUCUCCGCCCACGAUGUUCCUGGCCAGGAACUAUUCGUGCAGAACAUCGAGAAAUACGCAUACGAGAGGAAUCAUAUCCCCACCAUUGAGGAACAAGAAGGCCCCGCUCUAAUAUAUAUCGCGGCGGGUGCUUGGUUCAGUCAUCCUCACGUUGUCACCACGCGCAACAAGACUGAUCCCCAGGGAAAGAACAAGACUGACCCCUGGGAUACGCGCUAUGAACUCUUUAGAAAUCACGUCGUCAGUCUCAACAAGUUCAUUGGCGAAAACACCCCAGAUCAUGACCCCUUCACAGCCCCAAUGGAUCCCUAUGACGGUAUCGGCAAUCUGAUUCUGUACGCCCCGCCAGCCGGACCGCGAUAUCUAGGCGACAACCCUUAUCAAAAGAUAGAUAGAGGCCGAAGGGCGGACGAGAUUGUUGAGAUGCAGCAGUGGCUCCAUGACAACGAAGGUAACAUGAGCAUCCCCCUCGUGUGGUCGGUUCCUGGCAUGGUCGUGGGCCAGGAUAAAAUCUGGCGCGAUCCCUUACGCACAGGUUUUCAUGUCAAGUUCCACGUCGCCCAGUUGCGGGCUAAUAUACUUUUCAACAUGCGGUGUAACGCGAAGCUGGACAGGAUGGAGUCUUACCCAUACUCGCGUACUUGCUGUACCGAUUAUGGUAUCAAGUACUUCACACAGACAGCUUUAGUUUGGCUGGGCAUGAUUUACUUGACUAUUUGUAUCUUCUGUGAACUCUUGGACCUUUUCACCGUCCGACCGCAGGAUGAACCGCACUGGAGUCUGUUCAACAUACGAACAGCAUGUCUCGUAUUGGCUCUACUUAUGUGCUACUACGCAGAUCGUACACAAAUGAUGGCCAAGGGAAGUAAGCUUUGGCAGUUGGAAGACUUUAUCGCUCUGGUUUUACCGUGCGUCGCCAUUCUGAUCUCUACCAUUCGGCGUUCAGACUCUUAUCCGGAUGUGUCUUUGACAAAGCCGGAUACGGACGAGCCAUUUCUGUCGACAGACCAGAUUGAUGAAUGGAAGGGAUGGAUGCAGCUCUUCAUCCUCAUAUUCCACUGGACCGGAGCCCAAGGAGGUCCGAUCCACAUCAUUGCUUGUCUUUGCGUGGGCGCUUAUAUCUUUCAAACUGGUUAUAGCCACACCCUCGACUUCAUGAACGAGAAAGACUUCUCUUUCAACCGCGUUGCGGCCACUCUUCUUCGACUUAAUAUCCUGCCAUGCUUGCUCACUUACUUCAUGGACACAGACUAUGUGUUUUACUACUUGUCACCGCUCCUGUCUUUCUGGUUCCUCGUCGUAUACGCAACCAUGGCAUUUGACAGGAGACACAAUGCCGAUUUACAGUUCUUGCUGGUAAAGAUAUGUUUCUCCUGCAUGCUUGUCUCAGUCAUGUUCCUCGCCACGCCAUUCACAGAUUGGGCAUUUUACAUCCUGCAGGCCGUCUUCAAGAUACAGUGGAGCGCUGAGGAAUGGCAGCACAGCGUCACGUUAGACAUUUUCGUAGCGUACGUCGGAAUGCUGGCUGCUAUCAUCAACCGCGAGAUGAAGCACGCAGAUAUUUUCGUUCGUUUGGGUCUUCGUGUGUGUCUUGCUCUUGGAGGUCUGUUCUCAAUCUUGCAUUAUCUGUCAUUCACCUCAGGCUUCACCGAAAGCUCAUACAUGAAGUGGCACCCUUACGUCUCUGCCAUUCCGAUCUUGUCUUUCAUUGCUCUGCGGAAUAUUCCGUGGGCCGCGAGGAAUUAUCACUCUAGAGCUAUGGCCUGGCUGGGUCGCUGCUCUUUAGAAACAUAUGCCCUUCAAUUCCACCUACUCCUCGCAGCCGACACGCAAGGAAUCCUCAUCGUGGAUGGUCUUUUUGGCGAUGGUACACUUUUGGGAGACCGAUGGAGAACCUUGGUCAUAAUUGUGCCCAUUUUCCUAUGGAUCAGUCACGCAGCCGCUGAGUCGACUACCUACAUUGUCAAGCUACUUAUGCAUGAGAGCGCGGAGAGCGAAAAGACUGCCGUAUCCAGACUUUUGCCUAAUUGGAUAAAGAUGAUUCCAGGCUGUUCGGAUAUUGAAGAGCCCAAAAUUCGUAUCGUGUGCCUUCUUCUGCUCAUGUGGUGCCUCAACUUGAUGACACCUGGACAUGACGUGCCAGUUGCAAUGGAUGGAGGCCACAGCUUUACGGACCAAACUGGUAAUUUUACCAGAGAGACCCCGUCGUUGUUUCAAUUAAAUGGCACUACUUGGUAG